AUGAGUUUGGAUGUGAGUGAGGAGAGGGAGGAGACAAGGCGGUUGAGAUUGCCGGAGAAAGUGCUGUUGACCGUUAGCCUGCACAAGUGGGAAUCCCUUUGCAAGUGGGUUCUGAAUGAUGACAGAGAAUUACAAGUUGGUGGCUACAGGCACAGCGAAUCAGAUCAAUCGCAUAAGCUCUUUCUCCAGAUGAGUCUUCAGAAGAGAGGUUGUAGAAGCCAGAGAGGAGACGAGGCGGUUGAGAUUGCCGGCGAAAUUGCUGUCGUCCGUAAAGAUGGGCUAAUCAAUAAAAUAUCGAAUAUGAUCCGGGCUAUGGAAAUAAAGAUGGGCUACAUGCACAAAAGCCCAUUUUAUGUUUCAGGCACGAUCAUCACGAAGGUGUUUAUUAUGGAUCAUUACUUCCCAGCCAAGGUAUAUGAGAUGGUGGAUGAUCCUUCGACGGAUUCAAUAGUUUCGUGGAGCGAGAGCGGCGAGAGUUUCAUCGUUUGGAAUGAAACAGAGUUUUGCAGAGAUGUUCUUCCGAGAUUCUCAGUAAACAUGGAGAUGAAAAACUUCACAAGCAGGCUUGAAGCCAUGAGGUUUAGGAGGGUUGAAUCAUCUGAGCAAUGGGAAUAUGCUCACGAAUGUCUUGUGAGAGGUAAACCUGAGCUUGCGUCACCAGAAGCUUACACGCAGGGCGUGAUAGAUCGACUGAAGAAGAGCGUUUUUGCUAUAAAGAAUGGGGUUUGGGAUUUAAGGAUGGAUCGGCUUCGUCUGCGUUUAGAGAAGAACCAAAUCUAG